AUGGAUUCGAAAACUUAUACCGUGCGAUCAAUCAAUAAUCAGACGCCUUACUUGGUUGAACCAGUAAGUUACAAUAGGCAAUAUCACGCACAGCCCGUGAGGAGAGCUGUUGUUCUUUCUAAUAAUCAGCAAACACCUCGAAUGAAUAGAAUACAACCCCCUCCUCAUAGCGCUCCCCAAUGUUACAGAAGCUUGCCUCCUGGCGGAGUUCUCAAAUAUGAGUACGAUUUCGCUGAUGCAAAGCGGAACAUAGACAAGUCUAAAGGGCUAAGGCAUUUCUCUACAAAAGUGUGUGAGAAAGUGAAGGAGAAAGGUAGAACUAACUACAAUGAGGUAGCGGAUGAGUUGGUUGCUGAGUAUUUCGAUUCACAAUCCAGUGUACAGUUUAAUGAUGAAAAACACCAGUAUGAUAUGAAAAAUAUAAGACGUAGAGUCUAUGAUGCACUCAAUGUUUUACUUGCCAUGAACAUUAUACAGAAAAACAAAAAAGAUAUUCAUUGGGUUGGUUUGCCCACAUCCACUGUUCAAGAAUACAAACGAUUAGAAGAGGAAAAGGUUAGACGCCAAGAGCGCAUCCGAGAAAAAACCAAUAAUCUCCACGAAAUGAUCGUACAACUUGUAGCAUAUAAAACACUAGUAGAACGAAAUAGGGAACGUGAGAGAACAGAGGGCAGACCAGUAGAUAAUUCUGUUCUCUAUCUACCCUAUGUAAUUGUCAAUACAGAAAAACGAGCCCUAGUAGAAUGUUCUGUGGCUCAUGAUAAGUCUGAGUUUCUUUUCAAUUUUGACCAUCCUUUUGAGAUUCAUGACGACGUCGAGGUAUUGAAGCGCUUAGGGUUAGCCUUCGGUUUAGAGAAAGGUCGUGCUGCUCCAGGAACUUCAGAAAAAAUCAAGAGCUGCUUGCCACCUGCUCUACGUGAAUAUGUUGAUGAGAUUAUCCAAUCAGGCGCCAUGAUGGUUGACUCUCCUUCUGUGAGUGGAAUAUCCAGUGUUAAUGUUGGGGGGAAAGAUAAGUCUGUCCAAUACAUAUUAUCUACUCCGGAAGAGGAAAAACCUCAGCUAGUUAGGCCGAUUAGAAACCCUGUUGUUGUUAGAUCAGCAAAUCGAUAUACUGUAGUUAAACCAUCGACUUUCAGUCAUAUUCCACAACCUAAGCGAUAUCAACAAGUUGUGGUCAGACCAAAUGGAUCUCAACGAGUUAUGCUUGCCAACCAAAGCUCAGGAAUACACUUGACCCGUCCGCUUCAAAAUCAAUUUAGAUCUCAACCAGCUCAUUACACCCACUAUGAGCAGCCACAGGCUUCUGAUUCUCACGGAUAUAUGUAUGAAGAAAUCGAAGGGGAAGAAAACAUUGAUUAUUCUUAA